CUGAAUUGUAGUCAUUUAUAUAGUCGAUAUUAAAAUAUAGAGAUUAAGUAAAUUUAAACCAGGAUUUGACAUGGAUCCACUUGCAAUUUUUUGGGUAUUGACAAAUUCUUCGUAUCUAGUUACAAAAUUCAUUCGCACUGGAAUUGCUGAUAAGGAAGAUUAUCCUCUAUUCUUCGAGAAAGCAUUUUACGAAACAGAGGUCGAUGAAAAUGAGGAAAUUAAUCAUCCGAUACUUACAGUUACAGCUCGAACGCACAAUGAAUCAUCUCCUGUUCAGUAUAAAAUAAGUAGUGGUAAUAGCGACGGAACGUUCCGUAUCCAUAACACAACGGGUCAAAUUUUUAUAGCCUGCGCACUCGACUAUGAGAAAAUCAAAAAAUACGAGCUGCGCAUUACAGCGUCCGAUAGUUUUAAGGAAAACUACACAACGGUUGUGAUAAACGUUAGAGAUGUAAAUGAUAAUUCUCCAAUUUUCGAAAAAACUUCAUAUCGUACACAAAUCACCGAAGAGGAUGAUCGUGCUCUUCCAAAGCGAGUACUAAAGGUAACAGCCAAUGAUGCUGAUGUAGAUAGACCAAAUAAUAUAAUAUACUUUUUGACUGGACCGGGCAUUAAUGCUGAAAAUCCAUCCGAGAGUAAUUUUGAUAUUAACAAAGCGACUGGUGAAAUUUUUGUGCUCAAGCCUUUAAAUCGAGAUCCACCACACGGCCGUUCACAAUGGCGCUUCAAUGUUUUCGCACAGGAUGAAGGCGGCGAAGGACUUGUUGGCUUCGCAGAAGUUCAAAUAAAUCUCAAAGAUGUUAAUGAUAAUGCGCCUGUAUUCCCACAUGGUGUAUACCAUGGUAAUGUAACAGAAAAUGGAACAGAAGGUAUGUAUGUCAUGACAAUGAAGGCAGAUGACUAUGAUGACAUCAACGAGGGAACGAAUGCCAAAUUGAUUUAUUCAAUUGAAAAGAAUGCGAUAGAAGAAGAUACGGGCCUUCCAAUAUUCGAGAUAAAUCCUGAUACGGGUGUUAUAAAAACAUCUGUAUGCUGUUUAGAUCGUGAAAAGACACCCGAUUAUUCCCUCCAAGUUGUAGCGACAGAUGGAGGUGGUCUCAAAGGAACGGGAACAGCAUCCAUCAAAGUACGAGAUCUCAAUGACAUGCCACCGCAUUUCACGAAAGAUGAAUGGUUUGUUGAAGUCGAAGAGACAGAUGGCUCAUCACUUCCAGAUGCUCCCAUUCUUACUGUCACCGUCAGCGAUGAUGAUGAAAUAAAUAAUUUUCAAUACAAAAUCAUUGAGAGUAGCGGAUAUGGUGCAGAUAAAUUUUCAAUGAUUAAAAAUACUGAUGGAACGGGAAGCCUUAGAGUCGUCCAGCCACUUGACUAUGAGGAUCCAAUGCAAAUGAAUGGAUUUCGAUUUAGAAUUCAAGUGAAGGAUGAUGAGAAGAUUAAUGAUACGGACAAGAAUCAUCUUGCACACUCGUGGAUCAUUGUUAAGCUUAAGGAUAUUAAUGAUAAUACGCCGAAAUUCAAGAAGCCAUUGAUAGAAGCAUCUGUAUACGAGAGUGCAGAGAUUGGUAAAGUAUUGGGAACAUUUAAGGCCAUUGACUUGGAUAAGGGUGGAAAAGGAAAAUUAACGUACAUGAUUAAUCGAACGACAGAUCGUCAUCGACAGUUUUCAAUCAAUUCAGACGGAAUUGUAACAAUUCAACGUCCAUUGGAUCGUGAAGCAAGUGCGCGUCAUGACUUGGAAAUACUUGCAAUAGAUGAUGGCAUUCCACCACGAACAGCAACAGCUUCAUUAAUUGUCAUUGUAAAGGAUGUAAAUGAUAAUGCGCCAGAGUUUGCUGAAAAUUAUCGUCCAAUUGUGCCAGAGAAUUCACCGCCAAGAAAGAUUAUUGAGCUACGUGCGAUGGAUCGAGACGAUGCACUUCGUGGAAAUGGGGCACCGUUUCAAUUUCGAUUAGAUCCAUCUGCUGACGACACGAUAAGAUCGUCAUUUAAGGUUGAGCAAAAUCAAAAAGGUGCAAAUGGUGAAGGCGUAGCGAUUGUUUCAUCACUAUCAUCAUUCGAUCGUGAACAACAGAAAGAGUAUUUAUUGCCAAUUGUAAUUAAAGACUCAGGAUCACCAUCAAAAACUGGUACAAGUACACUAACAAUAAUUGUCGGUGAUUUAAAUGACAACAUGAUGCAUUCUGGUGCAAAAGAAAUAACAGUCUAUAAUUAUCUCGGUCAGGCUCCAGACACACCCAUCGGUCGAAUCUUUGUGAAUGAUUUGGACGAUUGGGAUUUAGAAGAUAAGAAAUUUUAUUGGAAUGACGUUGAGAAUCAUCGAUUUAAAUUGGAUGAAGAGACUGGAAUGCUCACAAUGCGUCGUGGUGCACGUGAGGGAAAAUAUCGAUUAAAUUUUAAAGUUUAUGAUCGUAAGCACAUCCAAGAGACAUCAGCCAACAUAACUGUUUCUGUUAAGCAUUUGCCCUAUGAGGCAAUUGUUCAUUCGGGUUCAAUGCGUAUUGUUGGUUUAACGGAUGAACAAUUGAUAAGCAAUUGGGAUAGCAAGACGCAAGUGGCGUAUCGUAGUAAAAUAGAUAGACUACAAGAUAAAUUGUCCGAGCUAUUGAGUAUAGAUAGAAAAAAUAUCGAUAUAUUUAGUAUACAAGUGCGUCAACUGAAUCCACCGACAACCGAUAUACGUUUUAGUGCACAUACACAAUUUUUCUAUAAAGCCGUACGUCUAAAUGGCAUUGUAUUAUUACAUAAAUUGGAGAUAGAAUCGGCCGUUGGACUUAAUAUAACAAUGGUCAAUAUAAAUGAGUGUAUGGAUGAGAAUAAUAAUUGUAAUGGUUCAUGCUCAAAUCGUCUUGAUAUUAAUGCCAAUCCAUAUGUGGUUAAUGCUAACAAAACAGCAUUUGUUGGUCUCCAUAUCAAUGCAACCGGCAGUUGUGAGUGUGAUGCAAAAACAUUUAAUAAAAUUGAGACAUGCAAGACACAUCCGUGCUUGAAUGGCGGCAAAUGUGUUGAGAAUAAAUAUGGAAUUAGAUGUCAUUGCUUGCCUAAUUAUGCUGGACCGAGAUGUCAACAAACGACGAGGAGUUUUCGCGGUAAUGGAUGGGCAUGGUAUCCAUCAUUGGAUAUGUGCGAUAAUAGUCAUCUCAGUUUGGAGUUUGUGACAUUAAAGGCUGAUGGAAUUUUACUCUAUAAUGGUCCAAUACGCUCAUCAAAUGAGACAAACUUAUCUGACUUUAUAGCAAUUGAACUUGAUCGUGGAUAUGCACGACUACUUAUCGACUACGGAUCUGGCACAACUGAGUUGACUGUCCGCACAAAGAAACUCUUAAAUGAUGGCGAGUGGCAUCAAAUUGAUGUCUUUUGGGAUAUGGAAAAUAUUCGUAUGGUCGUCGAUUUCUGUAAAUCAGCUGAAAUAACUGAAGCGGAUGAUGGCACAACGCCAGAUAUUGAUUUGACCUCAUGUCAGUCACAAUCAAAAACGAAACCAUUCAAUGAAUAUCUCAAUGUCAAUACGCCAUUACAAGUCGGCGGCUUAUAUCGUGAGAAAUUUGAUUAUAUCAAUGCGAAAUGGCAAAUGAAUCCAAUUGGGGAAUAUUUUGAUGGAUGUAUACGUAACAUUAAGCAUAAUGGAGUCUAUAUUGAUUUAGCACAUCCGGGAUUAAGUAAGAAUACGGCACCCGGAUGUCCGGUCAUACAAGAUAUAUGUUAUAAUGUACAUCCAACGAAUAAAUGUCUUGAUCAUGGUACGUGCAUUGGCAGCAUGAAUGAGCCAAAAUGUGAGUGUCAUGCUGGAUGGACUGGACAAUUUUGUAAUACACCCACCGUACCCGUAACAUUUAAGUCACAAAGCUACAUUAAAUAUGCAUUAAGUUUUGAACCAAAUCGCUUUAGUACGACGCUACAGAUGCGAUUCCGUACACGCGAGAGAUUUGGCGAAGUAUUUAGAAUGAGUGACCAACAGACGAGAGAAUACGGCAUUCUUGAAGUCUUCGAAGCUAAAUUAAGAUUCCGAUAUAGUUUAAAUUCAGCACAAAUUGAAGAGCAACAAUUAAGCUUAACGUCUGUUCAAGUCGACGACGGUCAAUGGCAUUUUGUAAAGAUUAAUCGAUAUGGAUCGGCAGUAAUGAUGGAAAUUGAUGGAGGUGAGGGUAAAAAUUACAACGAAACAUUUGUAUUCGAAGGACAUCAGUGGCUGUCGAUUGAUAAGCAGGAAGGAAUUUUUGUGGGUGGAAAGCCGGAAUUCACUGGAAUUAAGUCGUUGGAGGUUAACAGUGAUUUUCAGAAUAGCUGUGUUGAUGAUGUGAGGUUAGAUGGAAAAAGUUUACCAUUACCACCGCAUUCGAAUGGCACACAAUGGGGACAAGCGACAGCGGCUCGUAAUGUUGAAAAGUAUUGUGCAUCUAAUAAUCCAUGUUCGAAUGCAUUCUGUCCAGAGCCAUUUGAGUGUGUAGAUUUAUGGAACAAGUAUGAAUGCAGCUGUGGCGAUGGCAUGGUCGUAUCAUCGGAAGGUAAAGGAUGUGUCGAUCGUAAUGAAUGUCUUGAUAUGCCAUGUCUUAAUGGUGGUACGUGCAUAAAUCAAGAGCCUCGACUACGAUAUCGAUGUGUGUGUCCGGAGAAUUUUUGGGGUGAAAAUUGUGAAUUUAUGAAGGAGAGACAAGCAUUGAAGCUUAGUACAAGUGCCUUGGCAGCCGUUAUUGCAUGUUUAUUAAUCAUUAUAAUUUUAUUAUUUUUAUACUUCUCAUUCAAUCGCAAGAGAAAUCCAGCAACGAAUGUCAAGAAACCAGUCACAAAAGAAGACAUUCGUGAGAAUAUUAUUAAUUAUUGUGAUGAGGGUGGCGGUGAAAAUGAUAUGAUGACAUUUGAUAUGAAGACAUUAAAGAUUCCAAUAAGCACACAACUGCCCGAACUUGUACAGCAUAAGGCAUCAUCAAGACCAGACAUUGCAGUCGUAUCAGAUCAAAUAAUUAAAGUUGACACGACCGUAUUAAAUGAGAGGAAAAGAAGAGUCGAGGAUAUAACUGUCCAGCACUUUGAUGAUCUAAGGAAUUAUGCGUACGAGGGUGCAGGAUCAACAGCUGGCUCUCUUAGUUCAGUACUGGAGUCAGGUACAAAACUUAAGGACUGACGACGAGCCCCACGAGUACAGCAAGUUCCUUGCCAAGUGGGGUCAACCUUUCGAUAAAAUUGCUAGCAUGUACUCGCAGAAAAGCACAAGUGACAUCGAGAAUGAUGAAAUUAGCUAAAAUUAAUUUUUUUCUCCUAAUUUUGUACAUUCAUUAAAUAAAUUCAUGUAUAUCGUAAUUUAUUAUUUAAUGGCUGUGUUGUCCAUUUCGUUGAUGGAUAUGCCUACGCAUAAAAAAUUCACUAAUUCAAUAUUCAUCAACGAAUGAUGAGAAGUCAGCAGAUAAAGUUGAAAAAAAAUGUUACGUUUUUAUUUGAGAAAUAAAUUUUAUUUUUUUGUUGUACAGAAAAUUUAAUUUUGUUGGGAACGCGUGGUGGAUUUGAAUGCCUAACCAGAUUAAUUACAUAAAUGAGCGUAAGAAUGGGAUGAAAUUAGGGGACCUUUGUGAGAGUUUUGUUAGAUAAUUGUGGAUGAAUAAGGUUUGUAAAAAUGUUAUUGAUCGCUUUUGACUGUAAAUAAAUGUCAAGAAAUUUAUAAUAAAUUAUUGUAGCUUUAAGGUUUAGUAUUAAAUAAUUAUGAGAGCG